CAAAAGACAAAAGACAUCAGCUUCCCACGAACCCCAUCGACACACGAACUGUCGUCCAUUCCCAUUACAGCUCAUACUCAAGACAUAUUCAAGAUGGGAGACGUCAUGAUAGAAAGCCCCGCGAACCAGGUCCUGCCUCAUCGAAAGCAGAUGCCUUCCUCGAUACCAAACAUCGAUUCGUUGGAGGGUCUAGGAACUGAUGGCACCGACGAGUACUCCACAAUGAAAAAGCUACAACGGCAUCUAGAGUGAGUUGGAUGAACUAUGGUGUAUUGAUGGCAAUGGUGGCUAACACACUUACAGAUACAUCCAUCUUCAAGAGGAGUAUAUUAAGGAUGAGCAACGGAGCUUGAAGAGAGAGUUGGUACGCGCACAGGAAGAGAUCAAGCGGAUUCAGAGUGUGCCUUUGGUUAUUGGUCAAUUUAUGGAAGCUAUCGAUCAGAAUACUGGCAUCGUACAAUCGUCCACUGGAUCCAACUAUGUUGUUCGCAUUCUUUCGACCCUCGAUCGCGAGAAGCUCAAGCCAUCAUCCUCCGUCGCUCUCCACCGUCACUCCAAUUCCCUCGUCGAUAUCCUCCCUCCUGAAGCUGAUUCAUCGAUCGCCAUGCUGGGAGCGGAUGAAAAGCCGGACGUAACAUAUGCAGAUGUUGGUGGACUGGAUAUGCAAAAGCAAGAAAUUAGAGAGGCUGUUGAGCUCCCGCUCACCCACUUUGAUUUGUAUAAGCAAAUCGGUAUCGACCCACCCCGAGGCGUUCUGCUCUACGGCCCGCCGGGAACUGGAAAGACUAUGUUGGUAAAGGCUGUUGCAAACUCAACAACCGCAAACUUCAUCCGUGUGGUUGGAUCCGAAUUCGUGCAGAAGUACUUGGGAGAAGGACCUCGUAUGGUUCGCGAUGUGUUCCGCAUGGCCAGAGAGAAUUCACCAGCAAUUAUCUUCAUUGACGAAAUCGAUGCGAUUGCGACCAAGCGAUUCGACGCUCAGACUGGUGCCGAUAGAGAAGUUCAGAGAAUUUUGCUGGAGCUGCUGAAUCAAAUGGAUGGAUUUGACCAGACCUCGAAUGUCAAGGUCAUCAUGGCCACCAACAGAGCCGAUACCUUGGACCCUGCACUUCUCCGACCUGGUCGUUUGGACAGAAAGAUUGAGUUCCCCAACCUUCGAGACCGCAGAGAGAGACGUUUGAUCUUCACAACAAUCGCAUCCAGGAUGUCUCUGGCCCCAGAGGUGGAUCUCGACAGUCUGAUUGUCCGAAAUGACCCACUGAGCGGAGCUAUCAUUGCGGCAAUUAUGCAGGAAGCUGGCUUGAGAGCAGUCCGCAAGAACAGAUACAACAUCAUUCAGGUCGAUCUGGAGGAUGCGUACUCUAGCCAAGUCAAGUCAGCCAAUGACAAGAACGUCUUCGAUUUCUACAAGUAGUGGAGCAGAACUCGAGAGCUUUGGCAGACAGAGGUGUGCUACAAUUCGCGGCGUCCGGGAUGGAAUGGAUAUUCAUGGUGGAUGGAGCACUAGGUAUGGAAUGGUGCGAGAGCUUCGAAGCUCUAACCGUCUUUGGACGGUAAUCCGAGAAGGUCUGGGAGAGUGCUCUCUCUUGUACCAACAAUACCAAGAUUCUAGUGUAAACAUAGAACG